CGAAACGAAAUUACCAGAUUAAUUUUUUAGUUUAGUUAAUUAAAACAUUGACGAAAAGAUAACGCGUUAUCUAAAAUAGGCCUUUUGACGUUAUCUGAUAUACAACAAAUAACACUCCGAUUUGCUCUUGCUCUAUCAAAUCUUGUGAAACAUCUUUCUUUUUUAUCAUCAUAUCAAGAUCAUAUCUGUAAUUCUCUAAAAUUGCUCAACUAGUGUAAAUUGGUAUAUUGGUAAACUAACAUGCUGGUAACAAGACUGAACAAUUUGCGGCGGUUAUGUAAAGUGCCGUGGCGCGGGCUGGCGACGGCCCCAGAAGGGCCGGUGGUGUUCGAGAAGCCGACAGGCGAGGAUAAGGGUAUAGCGGUGUAUGGGCUGAAUGCCGGCACGACGCGCAACGCGCUCAGCCACGACAUGGUCGACGCCAUGCGCGAGGUUAACCAGCUGUUGCGGGAGGAUACUAAGGUUUCUGUUGUCAUACUGCACAGCUUGGUACCUGGGAUAUUUUGCGCUGGUGCAAACUUAAAAGAAAGGUUUAAAAUGUCUGAAGAAGAGGUGGCCAGAUUUGUUCGAAGAUUAAGAGAGACAUUAAUUGAAAUUGAGGACCUUCCAAUGCCAACAAUAGCAGCCAUUGAAGGAGUGGCUGUCGGAGGAGGCUUGGAGUUAGCACUAGCUUGUGACAUCCGUGUGGCUGCGGAGACGGCAAAGUUGGGACUGGUGGAGACAGGCCGGGGACUGAUUCCUGGGGCUGGAGGCACGCAGAGACUGCCCAGGGUCAUCCAUCCUAAUAUAGCUAAGGAGCUUAUCUAUACUUCCAGAAUCAUCAGUGGUGCUGAAGCCAAAGCUCUGGGCAUUGCAAAUCAUGUUGUGCCACAGAAUAGCAAUAAGAAUGCAGCUUACGAGAAGUCCUUAGAGCUGGCCCGUGAGAUAAUCCCCAACGCUCCGAUAGCCCUCCGCUUCGCCAAGCAAGCCAUCAACGAGGGUGUGCAGGGCAGCAUCAAAGACGGCUAUGAGGUGGAGCAGAAGUGCUACGAGCAGAACAUUCCUAUGAAGGAUCGGAUUGAAGGCAUGGUGUCGUUCAUUGAGAAAAGGAAACCUGUGUACAAGGGACACUAAAGUCUUCAUGGUGUGCGAGUGGGACAUGCAAGUGUGUAUACUGUGUAGUAGUGCCCUGCUCACAGACCAAUCCACACCAGUGUCAUAACCAAAUAACUAGAUUGCUACUAUUAUAAUUUGGUACCAUAUAAAUGCUACAUGGUACAGUCCGCAUUAUAUAUAGACCUACGCUUUGUACUGUAUAGAGUCUACUGUAUCAUAGACCAAAACUGUAUAGUCAUCCACAAGUAAUAACUUAAUGACUUUUUUUAAACAUUAUUUUAAUUCAACCUAUACCAUAGUAAUCAUGCAUUACUAAAGUGUAUGGGAUGAUACUAGGUAUCAAUGUACAUGUAGAAUCAAUAACAGCUGUAUACUUAGCUGACUUUUAGUUAAUUGUAUUAGACUUAGUGUUCAAAAUUGUUACUCGUAAUAAAGGACCAUGCACUCGAGGGAUCAACCAAAAAAUCAAGAUAUUAAAUGUGCUUUAGAAGCAUAAUAAGUAUUUGUAUGGUGUAGUUAUUAGGAAUGAUUCCACUCAGGGAUCGGAACUGGUUUUUUACAAAAACUUCGAAAUAACUAUAUAAUAUAUUUCAAAUUAUUUUGUACGCAGUUGUAUUUUUAGGUAACGUCUUCGUAUUAUUAGAUGGCACAAUUAAUAAAAAUGAAAUAAUUAGCAAAGAACGAAAAAAUACCGUUUUCGUUCCCAUGCAAAAAAUACCGGUAUUCGAUCCCUGAAUUUUCCACUAUUUUUAAGAAGAAUAUUAAUAAUUUGUUAAGUACAAUGUUAUUUAGAUUGAAUGUUAUGUUAUCUGGCUGUUAUGUAAUUUGUGCAAUGUUAUAUAUAUUGAAUUUUUAUUCCAUGUAUUUUGUAAUGAUUUACACUGUUAUUGCAUUUAUAAAAGGCAACUAAAUACAUAUUUUGUUAUGUAUACAUAAUUGAUUUUCAUUUGAUUAUUGCAAAUAAAAUUCGAUAAAUUA